CUGCAGCGCUAGCGCAGUCGUCCGUCUUUCUCCCCUCUCGAGGUUCAGUAAAAGUUGGUGCGUGUGCUCAGGAAGUCGCGGUUAGGAAAAGUGAAUGUGCUGACGUGAAAAGUUCAGUCUCCAGAAGGACACAGUUCCAGUGCCCGAACAUCACUGUUAGUUCUCUUGUCUCGAAUCGAGGCGCCUUAAAUGCACCAAUCAUUUCUAAUUUCACUUGGUAGAAUAGUACUUUACCGGACCGGUGUCAAGCUAAAGCCAUCAUCGUUCUUCCGCAGCCCUGCCGGAUUAGCAGCUGUCGGUGGUAGAGAAAAAUUUCAUCAUCCUUGGCAGCGAGAUUUCAGCCAACAAGCCCGGAAACCGUUUGUCUGGGGUUCCAACAAGAAGCAUCGAGAUUUUAAACUGAAAGCGCAGAUUCUGGAAAGUAUGGCUUCCGAUCCGAAGAUUGAGGAGGUUCUGGCUCCGUUACGGCUGGCGGUGAAAGAGCAGGGGGAUUUGGUCCGCAAACUGAAAGCUGAUGGAGCUCCGGAGAUUGAUGUGAAGAAGGCCGUGAACGAGCUCAAGGCGCGGAAAAAGGUUUUGGAAGACAAGGAACUGAGCUUGGCCCCAUCCGUGGCGACCUUCGAUAGGGCGCGAAUGGAAGAUCUUUUGAAGAGGCGAUUCUUCUACGAUCAAAGUUUUGCCAUUUAUGGAGGAAUCACCGGUCAGUAUGACUUUGGACCGAUGGGUUGUGCGUUGAAGUCCAACAUGAUCAACACUUGGAGGCAGUUCUUCGUGCUGGAGGAACAGAUGCUGGAGGUGGAUUGUUCAAUUCUGACGCCCGAACCGGUGCUGAAGGCCUCGGGACACGUCGACCGGUUUGCGGAUCUGAUGGUCAAAGACGUGAAGAACGGUGAAUGUUUCCGUCUGGAUCACUUGAUUAAGAAUCAUUUGGAAAAACUGGCCGCGGCCAAGGAUGCAACGCAAGCUUUGAAAGACGAAUGUACUGAUAUUGUGAUUAAGCUGGACGGAAUGACCAAGGAUGAAAUGGCCGCAAUUGUACAGAAGUUCAACAUGAAGAGUCCCAUCACGGGCAAUGACUUGACUGAACCAAUCGAGUUCAAUCUGAUGUUUGGAACUCAGAUUGGACCAACAGGCUUGGUGAAAGGAUUCCUUCGGCCUGAGACAGCCCAAGGUAUUUUCGUGAACUUCAAGCGUUUACUGGAGUUCAAUCAGGGAAAGUUACCGUUCGCUGCAGCUCAAAUUGGUAAUUCAUUCCGUAACGAAAUUUCUCCACGAUCGGGACUGAUCCGAGUGCGUGAGUUCACUAUGUGUGAAAUUGAACAUUUCUGUGACCCUCAGCUGAAGGAUCACCCGAAGUUUGAGAACGUCAAAGAUAUCGUUAUGACGCUGUACUCGGCUUGCAAUCAAAUGGACGGAAAGAGCGCUCAGCAGAUCACGAUAGGGGAAGCCGUCAGUUCCGGAUUAGUCGCAAACGAAACGCUUGGCUACUUCAUGGCUCGAAUUCAGCAGUUUAUGCUGAAAAUUGGAAUCCUUCCAGACCGACUUCGUUUCCGUCAGCACAUGGGUAACGAAAUGGCCCAUUAUGCUUGUGAUUGUUGGGACGCCGAAUGCCUGACCAGUUACGGUUGGAUUGAAUGCGUUGGUUGUGCGGAUCGAUCUGCUUACGAUCUCACGCAGCAUACGAAUGCUACCGGCGUAAAAUUGGUAGCAGAGAAGAAGCUCCCUGCUCCAAAGACCAUCGAAGUUACCGAAGUGGUUCCGAACAAAGCAGCUUUAGGCAAGGUUUUCAAAAAAGAGGCCAAGAAUAUAACCGAAUUGCUAGCCAAACUGAGCCUUUCCGAUGUUGAAGCGAUUGGCAAAAACCUUGCCGACAAGGGAGAACAUGUAUUAGAUGUCAAUGGAUCCGAUGUAUCGCUAAAUAGCGACAUGAUUGCCGUGAAGACGACAUCCAAGACUAUCCACGUGGAGGAAAUCACGCCCAGCGUAAUUGAGCCAUCGUUCGGAGUGGGCCGCAUCAUGUACUCUUUGCUGGAGCACAGCUUCCAGAUGCGCGAAGGCGACGAACAACGCGGUUACUUCUCACUACCUCCAAUCGUGGCGCCACUGAAGUGCUCGGUUUUGCCUUUGAGCAAUAAUGCGGAGUUUGCACCCUUCGUUAAGAAGAUAUCUUCCGCUUUGACCAGCGUGGACAUUUCACACAAGGUGGACGACUCAAGCGGAUCCAUCGGUCGCCGCUAUGCCCGUACGGACGAAAUUGCCAUCCCGUAUGGCAUUACGAUCGAUUUCGACACGUUGAAAGAACCGCACAGCGUGACGCUGCGUGAACGUGACUCGAUGAAGCAAGUUCGAAUUGGGGUCGACGAGGUUUCUCAAGUAGUUCGUGAUUUGGCUCGAAGCCGGUUGACCUGGUCCGAUGUGGAGGCCAAGUAUCCCAAGUUUGAGCAACAGGAAGCAAGCACCAAGUAGGAAAUGAUGCCGAACGGACGAUCAUGCAUUUAUGUGGCCCAGAACGAAGAGGUGAAACAACAUGAUGACCCCAAACGAACCGAUUGAGGAGCGGAUUAAAUGAUUAGCAUGAACAUACCUAAUAUCUUUAAAGCUGAGACAAAAGAUAUACAGAAUACAGUUAAGCCCGUACACGUACUUGCUGAUAAAAUAAAGUUUUGCAUUUGCUUAAA